GCGAUUAACAGCAACGCCAGGCUGUAUUUCAAACCGAGCAACAACGGGAAGGAAAAGAACGUUGGGACGAACAAAAAGAUAAAUUGGAUAUUUGAAUAUCUGACUGUCCCGUGACAGUCGCUGACAGCGUUUGGCAGAGACUUGGGGAUAACAUACCGCUACUUUCCUCUGUGCGCCAUGCGCGGAUCCGACUGAGCAUCCUUUAGAGCAGAGACGCAGAGAUUUACUGGGAACCCAUGGGCUGCUUUACCUCGUUGGAAAAUAACGCCUCGUUUUAUUGCUUCAUGCCAUCGCGUUUGUGAAGUUCUGAGAUUGGAUUUUCGAGGAAUCUCUACGCGCAUGUAAGACUGACAUGACUUACUUGGAUGUGGCUUCGUUAAUGCCUGCGCCUACUGCAGUACUGUUUUUGGCUGUAACUUGAAAAAAAAAGAGAGCGAUCCUUCGCCGCGAAGAUAUGGAUAGAGAGUUCUCAGUCCGGAUUUAUAAGCUUAUUAACCUGGAGUUGGACGUAAAUGACAUUCGCGCCGGUUCACUUGCACGGCUAUAGAUGCAGAACUAAACCGGAUAGCACCACAUCCAGGUCCGGGAGAGUAAAGGGCAGGUGCGCUUUGGAGUCAGCGGCUGCGCGGAGAGACCGGGCUAGUGGAUUAGGACGAUACCUGUCUGUGGUGAGCGCGUCAUGCGGACUCGGAUGUCGCGCACAAGAAGCCAUUAAAACCUGUAGGCUGGAGCUAAAAGAUAAGCGGAUAUGGGCUCUGCUCUGCGGCGUCGCUGGCUAGUGGUCCAACUCCUGAUGCAGGUGUGGCUGGCGGCAAAUCCAUCUCUGAGUGAGCGCCCAUGCCCCAAGAGUUGUCGCUGUGAUGGAAAGAUUGUGUACUGUGAGUCGAGCGCCUUUCGUGAUGUCCCGAAGAACCUCUCAGGAGGCUGUGAGGGCUUGUCCUUACGGUACAACAGCCUUGCCAGUCUUCGUGCAGGCCAGUUUGUGGGGCUAAACCACCUCAUCUGGCUCUACUUGGACCAUAAUUACAUUGCCUCCGUAGAUGGAAUGGCCUUCCAGGGGGUCCGCAGGCUUAAAGAACUGAUCCUGAGUUCCAACAAGAUCACAUCACUCCACAACACCACAUUCCACCCAGUCCCAAAUUUGCGUAAUCUCGACCUGUCGUACAAUAAACUGCAAGCCUUGCAGCCUGGGCAAUUCCAGGGCCUACGGAAGCUUCUCAGCCUGCACAUACGGUCAAACUCUCUAAAAACUAUCCCUAUGCGCCUGUUCCAAGAUUGCAGAAAUCUUGAGUUUCUUGAUCUAGGUUAUAAUCGUCUGCGCAGCAUCACUCGGAAUGCAUUUUCAGGCCUUGUCAAACUCACUGAGCUGCAUCUGGAGCAUAACCAGUUCUCAAAGAUCAAUUUCUCCCACUUUCCUCGCCUCUACAAUCUGCGGGCUCUUUACCUUCAGUGGAAUCGCAUUCGCUCAAUGAGCCAGGGCCUGACAUGGACCUGGGCCUCCAUCCAGAAACUGGAUCUGUCAGGGAAUGAACUGACAGAAGUAGAUGCUGUAGUUUACCAAUGCUUACCCAACCUGCAGACCCUCAACCUGGACUCCAACAAGCUGACCAACGUUUCCCAGGAGGUGGUUGAUGCCUGGAUCUCUUUGACUAUGAUUAGCUUAGCUGGGAAUGUAUGGGACUGUGGCCCUGCCAUCUGUCCUCUAGUGGCCUGGCUGAGAAACUUUAGAGGGGCGAAGGAGACCACCAUGAUUUGUGCCUCCCCCAAGAAAGCCCAGGGUGAGAAAGUUAUGGAUGCUAUUGAAGCUUUUGGUGUUUGUCAGUCAAACCCAGCGACAACACUUACAGUGAGUAUUCCUCCAAACCCAUCCAGUAUCCCCGUGCAGACUGAGCGUCACCCAGCCAUUCUGGCUUCUCCUACUGGUUCGGGAAAGAGAGGCGAGGGACCUCUUAGGGGUCCCACGUCAUUAGCGGUUACCCCACCUGUGGCACUUCCCCCAGAACCAGACUUGGAGCCUGUCUCUUUCCAUAAGAUUGUGGCUGGAAGUGUUGCCCUUUUUCUGUCUGUUGCUAUGAUCCUGUUGGUAAUCUACGUAUCUUGGAAGCGCUAUCCUAGCAGUGUCAAGCAGUUGCAGGAGCAUUCAGCAGCAGCCCGUAAACGUCGCAAGAAAGCUAGAGAGACGGAGCGCACCCUGAGCUCUCCCCUGCAGGAGUACUAUGUGGACUACAAGCCCACCAAUUCUGAGGCCAUGGAUGUGCUUGUCAACGGGACCGGACCCUGCACGUAUACCAUCUCAGGCUCCAGAGAAUGCGAGGUCCCUCACCAGAUGGGUGCCCUGACCUUCUACCGCUAUGAACAGCCGAUUGUUGACUACUGCCAGGCCCAUCAACCCCUGCGGCUCAACAUGGGCUAUGAAGGACCCCCACAGGGCCUGGAAGGCCUGGAGGACCUGGGGCCAUGCGAUAGGGGCACUAUACAGACAGUGGCGCUGCCUGCCGUGCCCUCUGCCGUCAGCAUGGGCGCCCCUGUACCAGGGCCUCGCUCUCCUCCACCACCCCUAAGACCACCGACCGAAGGUCCCAGCAGCGGCCCCUUUCCUCCCGCUGAGCGCACCGGCACACUCAAAUUUGGACGCUAGCGAGCCUCGGUUGUUUGAAGCGGGGGCAAGGGUCUCUGAUUCGCCGUGACUUUGAAAUGAAGGGGCAGGCGAGCUGGUUACUCAGUGGGGCCUUGUUUUUACAACAUGAAUACAUGAACUGGAGGAUGAAAUUUUCAAAUUAUGCCUGGAGGGAUUUGACAACACACAGUCUCACCAGUGUACAGUAGGGUGAGACACACCUUGCUGACCAUUUUGUUUUUCUUUUCCAAAGCACCUCACAGAAAAAAAAAACAAAAACAAAAAAACAAAACAAAAAAAAAAAAAAAAAAAAACAUUACCAACCGACUCAUGGGACGUAAUUCAGCAUAUGACAAAAACUAUUACCUUGUUUCCAAAUCUGGUCUGGGGCACCUUUUCGCAGCGAGCUGAGUCAAAAGGGAAAGUGCAAUAAACACAAGUUCUGGAUCACAAACCGUGGGAGCAGUAACAUAAGAGAUCUAAGAGAUGGAGGUAGACAUCACGUGCCAAGCAGGAGGCUUCUUACUGUGAUUAUUAUUCACAUUUCUACUCAUCUGUUGUCAGCAAAGGGUGAACAUACAGUAUAUUAUUUCAUAAAGAGGAACAAUUACACAUGGAUUCUUUUGUUUCUUUAGAUGUUGUACUUAAUUCCAUUAAUGUGCAUGUUAAACCAAAGAGUUUACUAAUAUUUUUCUUUAAUGCACAUAAGCUAUUUUAUGUAAGUGGAUUUUUUUUCUUUUUCUUUUUUUUUUUUUAAAAAUGUCAGCUGUUGCUACUAAACUAGCCUCUGCCAGCUCACAUUUACAAUUACCAUCAAACGCGAUGGUAUUUUCAUAUGAACUGGGACUUUCCUCACAGAUUAGCAAAGUACUCAAGCGUUACCUACAAGGGGGGUAAUAUAACUGAAAUUUUAAAGGAGAUAUGCAUCAUAAUAUAAUGUAUCUAGCCUGAUCCUCCCAACAUCAGGUCAGUUGUUGUCCAUGAUCUUAGUUAUACUAUGAACAACAUGACAGUGGCAUAAACAGAGUGCUCCAUGAAUUUCUGAAACAGACAGAGGCCCCUUUAAACGGCAGAACAAGAAAGUACUGUAUAACAUUAUAUCCCAGCUGUAUGAUUCACUAUGCUUUAAAAGGGGGAAAUUAUGGGGAAUUCAUGUGAAAAUAAGUACAUUUGAAUGAAAAGUGUUGUACAUAUUACCGAAGAGGUCUACUUUACUGAAGGUCAAACCACUCUCACUGCCCCAAACGGUCAUUUGAAGCAUGGUCGAGUCAAUGUUUGACUUUCAUCUCACUGGACUAUUUGAAGAGCACCAUGUUGCUGGGUUGGCAAAGCUCAAGCCAUGUGCUGCUGUCUCCCCCACAGCUACAGAGAACAACGGUGCCUAGUGGGGACAUGUCGAACCAGCACGUUGACUCCUCUUCGACCUGCAUAUGAUCCCAUGGACUGUACUGGGAAUAUUGCCUGGCAUCUCCUUCCCCACCCCCUCCGGAAAGUGUGCCUGCAGCACUGGACUUUAUUGCACCCAGCAACACUUUGGCUACGGUGUUAAGCACUGCUACUUACUGACUCGUGGAGCUACUGAGGACUUCAGAUAGGGCCCGCGAUGGCCUGUCAAAUAUCAUCUAUGGCUAAAUCCAAGCAGUGCACCAAGGUCAGUUUCUACAUGUCAGUGGUCAUGUAUUCCGGGGAGUUGUGGAAGCUGUGCUCGGUCCUCCCGCAGAGCGACUGAUUGGUCCACAGAUGAAACUGCGAUGGGGCCAAAAUUCCCCCCACAAAAGUGGGCAUAUCCUCAAGAUAAGAGAACUUUUUUUGGCUUUUUUGUUUUUUUUUGUUAUCUUUCCGGCUUGAAACAAAAGACAGUUUUUUGAGUGUUCAAAGAUGAUGUCAAGACAUUCUAUAAGACUAAUCAAAGGACAAAAUCAAAUAGAACUUAUUUAUCGUGUAAAUAAUGAGUCUUUAAAGAAGAAGAAGAAGAAAAAAAAAUAUGAACUUCACUUCUUCUGACACACAAACUGCUUGUGAACAGAAGAGAAGCCUUAUUCACUUUCCAGUGGGAAUAUAUUACCAAGAUGACUCGGUGAGGAAGUUCCUACUGUAACGCUCUUGUUGUUUCAAUGAUAAAUAUUUUUCUAUAUGCUCCCAUCACUACUCUGCCAUUGAAACACAGAUUAUGUUACCGAGGUUAUUUGUCAAACCCGAUCAUUUUACUUAAUCACAUAAAGAGAGGGGGGAGAUUGGGAGCCCUGUUAUUAUGAUAUAGCCAACGUCAGGAGCCAAACCUCACAGAGAUCCAUAUUUUCUGUUCUGAACUCAGACGUGUUCGAGAGCUCGUCUCGCAGGUGGCGUUUGCAUGAUUUGUUGUCAGUUACAGCCCCAUCCGCUCCUCUCGUUCAAGUAUUUCUGCCAUUUCAAGGUCUGCUCGGGGAAGAAGAAGUAGCGGUGUGCUGUUCUUUAUACCAAGAGUUAAACGUGUGGAGGGUUUCUUUUUGACGUGCCAUUAUUUUGUUAAGUGUUUUACCAAAAACCAGACCCAAAAACAACAAGUGACCCAAAAGUCUCCAUUGUAUCACAACUAAGAAGGGUUUGGUCCCCUUCAUGUACAGAACAUUGCAUUGAAAAAAAAAAAGAACAUAAUAAUAAGCAGUGGAUUCGUUCAGUACAGUUGCUUAAUAGUGCUGGUGGAGUUUACUUUGUAAUAGCAGCUGUGCCAAUGUCUUUAUAAUGGGAGCUCUCUCAAUUCUAUCCAUGUAUUGUCUUGCCUUGCUCUGUAUCACCCCCUGAUAACUCCUUGGCCUGAAUUUCAUGUCUGCCGCUCGGUGACUCGGGUGAACCUGUUUAAUGAUGUUCUAUUUCUGUCCGCAUGCUAUUUCGGGAAACUAUGCCCGGUUAGGGAGGAGCGCUGAACCGGAGACAAACAGUACUGGAGUCAUUUCCUGUCUUGAGUGCCCUAGAACCAACAGCUAGCGCCAUGGACGACUAUGCGUUUUUUAAAAGGCAUCUUUGUUUGCCGACCCAUUCCGGCUCUUGCCUCACCUUAAAGUCCUCUGGCACAGUAGGCCGUUAAACAGAGAAAGAGUCUUGCGUUGGGCAUCCACUCCAGGGACAGACUUUCCCUUUAAUAGUCUCCUGCUAAAGCCCAGCAUCCCAUAGAUGGUAAUUACUUCAGGUUUCCAGAGCAAUGAUAACAGUUCAAUUCAGCCUGAACACAAAUCACAGCUACUUUGCCCUUCAUGUGUAAUUGGGAAAUGAUAAUAAAGUCUCCGUAUGUUCACAAUUAAGUCAGUUACUAGUAAUCUAUUGAUUUAUCAUGACUACCUCCCUGAUGAGAUCAGAUGUGUUCAGCAGAAUGUCUGAACCCUGCUGCCAGUAGUUAUUUUGUCUUUUGUCCAUUUCCUUUGCCAUCAGAGAGCUGGAAGCACAAGCGCUGCAUGCUAAUGAUGCAUGUUCGAGCUGAACUUCAGGACCGUCUGCGCUAGCCCCGCAAUGCCAACAGGCUUGAUUUUCCCCCUCCACUAUGUUUGUUUAUGGUUUUGUAUACCCCGUGAUCCCCAACCACCCCUCCACACUCUUUGAGUUUGGGCUCAAGUACCCGCUGGGAACGUUUCUUCUCUUUUCUCCUAUUUUGCUUUUUGCUUCGGGUGGGGUGAAUAAAGGUCUGAAGAACUGCAGCGAAAACUUUCAUAUUUUAGUGUUUAUGCUUAAAGGAAAAGCUAAAUGUGCAUCUCUUUGGAGAAUAGGGGCAAGGAGACAGAGAUGCUGUGCAACCGUAAAGGACAAAUGGGUAGGCGCGAGGACAUUUUAAAUCUUAAAAUGAAAGCUUUGUUAGAACCCUGUAUGUCCCCGGCAACUUAAUUUUCACUGUAAGAAAUGACACACAGCUCAGCCAAGCUCUGGCUAACACAGAUAGUCUGUAGAGUCACGUACGGCACACAGGUUAAACUGAAAACUUACUUGCAUCUUCUGAACUGUAUGUACUAUGCAUGCACUCAUACAAAUAUACUCUUUAUUUGAAACAAAAUUAUAGUUUGCACCCAGAAUCCACUGUUGACUUGUCUUUAACUGCAGAAGCAAUCAUGCAUAAAUGCAUUCACAGGCAAGAAAAAAAAUAUAUACACACACCCGUUCCUUGAUAAAUGAUUAUAAAGUACUGCAGGUUUUGACACUGCCAUCCAUUCCAGUUCACCCAAGGCCAUCUGUGACAGUUCAGUAGGUUCUAAUCCAUUACCUGAUAAAUAGAUGUGAAGAAUUAAUUCCAAGCCAGACGUGGAUUUGCAGCUUUUCUUCCCUUCGCUAUACAUCUGUGUCUCUCCAGCAGGCAGCGCCCGGGGAAAGCCCUUGCAGUCAUGACUCCUUCAUACCAGUCAGCACAUAUGGGUAAGGAUGGGCUUAGUAGAAAAAGCUCUUCAUCUGCCACUUUCCAAUUUGAGUUUAGUGCGUCAUCAGUGCGUGCACUGACUGAAAAUGGUAAGAAUUAAUGCCACUGUCGUGCUAAAGAGAGACUGGAAGCAUUGCUAGUGAGUUAUUGUAGCUAACCCGCAUGUACCCAGGUGGCCCCCGUGCGUAAGUGUGUGUGCGCCCGCGCAUCUAUAGCAGUACCUACUCCUCUACCUCCUCUGAACCAAUGUCACCAUUACUGAUGUUCAGGCCAGCCCAGUCCCCAUUGAUUGUUAUUGUUCCAUGCUGUUUCACAUUAGCAGGAAGUCUUUAACCCCUGACCCGCAUUGUCCUGACUCUGUUUUUCUGCCAUUGCUCAUGUCAGAGGGGACACAGUGAGAGAACGCGUGAUCAUUAACCUCUGUCAGGGAAACACACUUUUUCGUUUGUCUGACCAAGCCCGUUUACGGCCCUAAUUGGAUUUAAUGUGAGCACCGAAGAAAGGAAGGGUUUUAUGUAAAUGGGGCCGCGUUCGUCUCCUGCUGAUGACUCGGAGAGCGCGGCGAUGGAGGAAUCAGAGGGAAACAGACAGAAAGCAAUAUCUGAAUUAGCCUUUGUUCAAAGCACAGGCUCAAGCACUUCCCCUACAUUUUCUGUUGCCGCCUCUUUUUGUUAUUUUUUUAUUUAUUUUUAUUUUUUUUUAAAGCUUUCCACACAUAAACCACGGGAUCCCCGCUGUCUCCUUCUCAUCAACUACUGUACCUGCAGAGAGCACCAUUUUUCUGUAGGGUGUAAAUAUGCGCUGCAUUGUUUUCUUUGGUAGUUGGUUUGUUGUUGAUUUUUUUUAAUUUUAUUUUCUUAUUUGGGUUAUUUUUACUGUAUUCAGACCUAAAGCAUUUUUGUGGAGACCUGGUCCAAGCGCAAAAAUAUGGCUCUUCUUUGAGUAUAUUAUUGUCAGAAAAUGUUUUGUAAAAAUUUUGAUGAUGAUAUCAGAAAUAAACAUCUAAAGAUGGGA